GAAAAGCGUAGCGAGCGCAAAAUAAGGCGAGUGAUUCACUCACUCACAGUGUUUGUACACUCACUGUGUUGAUGUUCACGUCAUAUUUGUGAAAGAAAGAUUGGUAGUAUUGACAAGUGAUCAUAUUAGCAUACUGACUAGCGGAUUUUAAUUGAAACGUUUUUGUCAAUGAUGCAGUCUCAAUUUUGAAUUAGUACACAUUGAAUACACAUAUUGAAAAAAAUCAAACAGUAAAUUAAAACAAAUAACUUGGAAGGCGUUGACAAAUUUCAAUUGAAAUCGUAAAUCUAAUACAAAAAAGAAGAAGCUAAAUAAAAAUGUCGUCUGUAAAAGUUGCUGUACGUGUACGACCCUUCAAUAGACGAGAACUUAUGAUGAAUAGUGAGUGUAUCAUUUCAAUGUCGGAUAAAUCAACAAGUAUAAGGAAACCGAACUCAAAGGAACCAGUGAAAGUUUUUGAAUUCGACUACAGUUACUGGUCGCAUACAGAUAAAUCUGAUCCAUUCUAUGCAGAUCAAAAACAGGUCUACAGUGAUAUUGGUGUUGAUGCUUUAAAUCAUGCACUUGAAGGAUAUAAUGUAUGCAUCUUUGCCUAUGGUCAAACAGGAUCUGGGAAAUCGUAUACAAUGAUGGGUAAACCAGGUGUUGAUGGACAAGAGGGUAUUAUUCCACAACUGUGUCGUGAUCUAUUCAAACGGUUAAAUAAUACACCAUCAAAUCAAAUAGUACAAAAUAUGGUUGAGGUGUCAUAUAUUGAAAUUUAUUGUGAACGUGUCAGAGAUUUACUGGAUCCAAAGAGUAAAGGAAAUCUACGCGUUAGGGAACAUCCUAUACUUGGACCAUAUGUUGAAGAUUUAUCAAAAUGUGCUGUAAUUUCAUUCGAUGAAAUCAAUGAACUAAUAGAUGUGGGUAAUAAAGCAAGAACUGUUGCUGCUACUAAUAUGAACGAAACAAGUAGUAGAUCACAUGCUGUUUUUACCAUAGUUGUUACACAAAAAUCUGAAGAUACAACAUAUGGGACAAUAAGUGAAAAAGUCAGUAAGAUAAGCCUAGUCGAUUUAGCUGGAAGUGAACGAUCCGAUGCAACAGGUGCAACUGAUGUCCGAUUGAAAGAAGGCGCGAACAUUAAUAAGUCUCUUACAACACUGGGGAAAGUUAUAGCUGGAUUAGCUGAUAUGAGUUCAAAACGCAGAAAGAAAGGAGAUUUUAUUCCGUACCGUGAUUCUGUACUCACAUGGCUGUUGAAAGAAAAUCUUGGUGGUAAUUCACGUACGACAAUGAUUGCAGCUUUAUCGCCAGCUGAUGUCAAUUUCGAUGAAACUUUGUCAACUCUACGUUAUGCCGAUCGAGCGAAAAGUAUCGUCUGCAAAGCUGUUAUCAAUGAAGAUCCUACAGCUGUUCUAAUAAGAGAAUUAAAAGCAGAAGUUGCACGUUUAAAACAAAUUCUUAAAUUAGAAGAAGAAGGUCAAAUGAGAAAAUCUUCUACUGUCUCUAUAGCAACCUUGACACAUCAACAAUCUUUAGAAGAUUGUACGUAUGGCGAAGAAACAACUUUGGAAGCAUUAAAAGCCUCUGAAAAGUUGAUUGCUGAAUUAAAUGAAACUAUGGAAUUCAAGCUGAGAAAAGCAGAGAAACUUCGAGAACAGAGAGAAAAUGAACUUAUGGAAAUGGGAAUUGCUAUUCGUGGUGAUGGUGGUGUCCAAGGCGUCUUCUCGCCUAAAAAAACACCACAUCUUGUCAAUCUUAAUGAAGAUCCAGCCAUGUCAGAAUGUCUCAUAUACUACCUUAAGGAGGGUAAAACUGUAGUUGGUCGAUUAGAAUCUGAGUCAGGAGUUGAUAUUGGAUUAAGUGGUCCUCUUAUUCGAAAUGAACACUGUAUAUUCUAUACUGAUGGUGCUGUGGUAGAAUUUGAACCACUUGAAGAAGCUGAAUGCUAUGUGAAUGGAAGUUUAAUUACAAAACGUAUUCAACUUCAAACAGGUGCUCGUGUAAUUCUAGGCAAAAGUCAUGUAUUUCGUUUCAAUCAUCCAAUACAAAGUCGGGAGAAAAAACAAGGUCUAACUGAUAUGUGCGCAAGUGCUACAGAACCGAUCGAUUGGAAUUAUGCUAUUAGUGAACUAUUAGAGAAACAGGGUGUUGAUUUAAGAAAAGAAGUUGAGGAUAUUCUUAUUCAAUUAGAAGAACAAUAUCGUCGUGAGAAAGAACAAUCAGAUCUGUUGUUUGCAGAACAGAGAAAAGAAUAUGAAGGCCGUAUACAAAGUUUACAAGAACAAGUUGAACGUCAAUCUAUGCUGGGAUCAAUGCUGCAAGAAGAUGUAAUACCGGAAGAGCAACAUGAUGAAGCGUUAAAUGAGUGUAAAUGGGGAGAUCGUGAAUACGAAUUAGCUCGAUGGGCCUUCAAUAAAUGGAUCAAUCAUCAGUUUACAUCACUGCGGGAUCAGUUGUGGGAAAAUGCUGUUUACUUGAAAGAAGCGAAUGCACUAAGUGUAGAACUGAAUAAAAAAGUUCAAUUCCAAUUUGUUUUAUUAACAUCUACACCGUAUACAACCAUUCCAAAUGAGCUGAAAAGUGGUACAAUUGACUAUAGUUUAUGUGAUAAUCAUGAUAGUAAAUCCUCGUCAUUGGAGAGUUUGUCAGCGAUAGAUAAGGAAAACAAUCAGUUAACAAAUAGUUAUUGGCAACAACUAGAUAGAAGACGUAGAAUGAAGUCAAAUAAGGCAACUGUUCUGGUGAUAGAAGUUCGUGACCUCUUGAAUGAUGCAAUCCAGUAUUGGAGUUUGAAUACCUUUCAGCGGCGUCUUCAAACUAUGCGUAAUUACUAUGAAGUUGAAACAGCAUUUUCACCAACUCUUACAAGUUUUGCAAACAAUCCAAUCUAUGGAGGACAUUAUAAUCCUGAUGAUCAUGACGCAGCAUCUGGUGAGACUAAAAAAGAUCCAUUUCGAAAUGAAUUUCCAUGGUAUCAAAAAAUUGGAAGAGGUCUUUUAUACUUAACUAACUUGUACUAUGGUGUAUCAAUGACUCAUCAAGUCACUCUGUUAAAUGAACAUUCUCAAAUUACUGGUCUUUUAAAUAUUGAAGUUCAACCUGUUAUUAUGACGAAUAAGCAUCAGGAGAAUAAAACAGAUCGACAGUCUACUUGUCAGUCAGGCGUACAUAAUGAUGAAGUUAAUUCAGACAAUGAACUUGAUGUUUCAUUUAACGAUCUACAUUAUAUGAAUUGGAGAUUCCCUAAAUCCACGGUGAAUGCUAAAUAUGUGAAUGGAUACUACAUUAUAGAAAAUGAUCUUCAUGGACACGAACAAAACGACAAUGUUACAAAUGAUACUCCAACUCCGAGACCUUUAGCAAAUGAAGAUGUAAAAAAACAGAAGGAUGGUAUGGCGAAGUCCAAAUGUCAUCAUCGGUUUUUUCAUGAAUCGACACUUACUGAUAACCGAUUUCUUGACGAAGGACAACUUAAGGAACUAUUGGAAGUUUCCACAGACGACUGUCCUAACUUCUUGAAACCAGGUGAAGUAUUCCAUUUUCGUAUUAAUAUUCAAAGCGCAAAGAAGCUGAAUUCGCAGUUCACUGAUAUAUUUUGUCAAUACAGGUUUGUGGUGAAAAUAGUAGUAUUGUUAUUUACAUGA